UUCCAAUCCCACCAGCUCGCGCAACCUGAAAACCCCUGUCCCCACGCCACCACGCGUCCACGCCGGCGUCCCGCCCGGCUCCUCCCUCCUCUCCUCCUCCGCCUCCUCGCCGCCGCUCCCUUCACGCCUCCUCCCUCCUCCACAAGCCCCCCGCGCCGCCCCUCUCCCCACGCAAGCCCCAAGCCUCUCCCCUCCGUCCUAUCUAUCUAUAUAUCCGCCGCCUCGCCCAACCCCCAACCACACGCCUCCUCAUCCACCCACCUGCUGCCUGCGACGAGAUGGCGACGGCCUCCGACUCUCCCGCUUCCGCGCUCGCAACCGAUCCUGCUGGAGCGACCGCGGCGCUGGAGGGGGACGCGCUCCGGGGCUCCGGGAGCCCCGAGAUCGCCUUCUUCGACGUCGAGACCUCGGUCCCGCAGCGGGCCGGCCAGGGGUACGCGCUGCUCGAGUUCGGGGCCAUCCUCGUCUGCCCGCGCAGGCUCGUCGUGGUCGCCUCAUACGCCACGCUCGUGCGCCCCGCCGACCCGGCCUCCGCGGUCUCCGCGGCCUCCGUGCGCUGCAACGGCAUCACGCGGGACGCCGUCUCCGGGGCGCCGCCCUUCUGCGACGUCGCUGACGCAGUCUACGACCUCCUCAACGGGCGGGUCUGGGCAGGGCACAACAUUGUGAGGUUUGAUUCCGCAAGAAUAAGGGAGGCAUUCGCAGAGAUUGGCCGGCCACCUCCUGAGCCAAAGGGGCUGAUCGACACCUUACCUCUGCUUACCCAGCGGUUUGGGAGGAGAGCAGGAGACAUGAAAAUGGCAAGCUUGGCAAAUUACUUUGGCCUAGGGAAGCAAAGGCACAGGAGUCUAGAUGAUGUUAGAAUGAACCUUGAAGUUCUGAAGUACUGUGCUACAGUGUUGUUCCUGGAGGCAAGUCUUCCAGAGGUGCUUACUGUUGAGAACCUUGUUGAGCGUGCAAUAACAAGGAGCCAAGCUAAUGGCUCUGCUUCUCCUGAGGCGCCAAAACCCGAAGCAAACUCUUCAACUGAUUCUUCAAAACGGCAGCGCACAGUUUGUCCAGCUGACGGUGUGUUACCUGAGGGAGGUAAUCAAGGAACAGGUGAUCCUUCAACAAGCAGGGAAUCUGUUGCGUUGGUAUCCCACAUGGAGGAAAUGAAGUUAGAUACCACCACACAGAUGGAUGCAAGUUCCAGUGGCUAUUCUGGGUUUCUUGAGCCAGAUGAUAUUUCAACUGAGUAUAUCAAAAUCUCAGUUGCUCCAUUGCACCAAUUUGGUCGGAGGUCAUCCGUCCAGCACAAAGGCAGCCCACUACAGCUGUGUUCCGCAGGCUUGAAAGUCCAGUUUGGGGUUAAUACAAGGUUUCUAGACAAUGCAGGCCAACCGAAGUUAAACAUAGUUGUAGACAUCCCUGAGAAUCUCAGUAAGGUUCUUGAGUUUUGUGAUGAUCUUGCUCGGAGGUCAUCUCAGGAAUCAGGCAGCACCUCUGAAUGGAGACCCCUGGUUAAGAAGUAUGGAUAUGUUAAUGGCCCAACUGUCCGCCUAAACAUCCCUACUACUGUCAGCGGCGACUCUGCAAUCUACUCAACAGAUAUAUGCCAGAAAGAGCCCAGUGGUAACAUUCAGAAGCUUGUUUUUAGCAAUGUAGAUGCCACAGAACUGGAUUCUCUGUUUGUCCGAGGGAGCAAGGUGGACGCCUUCUUUUCUCUGGAAGUAUACGACUACCAGCAAAACGCUGGGAUAAGGUUGGUUGCAAAGAGGUUGGUUGUACACUCCAAUUAGCAACCGGUUUUAGGGUGCGUUUGGUUGGGCUGUGAGCUGUGAAAAAGCUACUGUGACCUGGCAGCUGUGAAAAAACUGAAAGUCGUUUGGUUCAACCUGCUGUGAAAUUGUAUGUUUGCUGUAAAUUGUCUAUAAUGCCCCUUGAGGCUCUGAUAUACUGUUUGUAUGCAAAAUAAUUAUAAUGAUGAGAUUUUUGCAUUAAUAUGACAUAAUUUAAUAUUAAAGA